AUGGCGGCUCCCUGUAGGCACGUAGGACGUUGCGUCCAGAGAAACGGCGGAUUUCUGCGGCUUCGUCUCGAGCAGCCGCUUUCUGGCAGGAGUUUCGGGCUGACCGCAGCUCUUCAACAGGCUGCAGAAGUUCACAAAGAAUCAAAGGAGCCCAUCGUCAUCCCCAGGAAGAAAUCAUGGAGCAGCGAGGCGGUGUUGGAGGCGCUGGCUUCUACCGUCCACAGAGAUCCCACAGCGUACCCCUACCGGUUCCAGGACGACUCGUACCUGUCCCCCAGGACGUCUGCCGAGUUUAAAAUGUACUCCCUCUCCCAGGAGUCCGGCAGAGCCGCAGCCAAAUACUUUGUCAACAACAACCCCAAGUUCUUCACCAAAGAGUUUGCGGAACCGCACAUACCGUGCUUGAUGCCAGAGAACACGGCGCUGCUGCUGGAGGGGGAGAGCGAGGAGGCGCUGAAGGAACGGAUCAGCCUGAGGAAGGUGUCGGCGGCGGUGCAGAUGUACGACCAGCUGCUGCAGUCUGGAACCCCGGUCUCCAUGGACACGACCCACGAGCUGCUGGACCUCCUCUGCCUGUACUGCGACAGGGACCCUGUCCAGGAGGGGGCGCCGCAGGGGGUGGAUGGAGAGGAGGGGGAGGAGGAGACGAAGAGACGGAGGCCCAAGGGGGGCCGAGCGGCGGACCCCCUGAAGUCGUCCUGGAAGGAGAACAACAACGCAGAGAGGAUCUUCAACCUGCUGCCGGAGAGAGACACGCCGUGUUACUCGGCUCUCAUCAGAGGCAUGGUGAAGCACGGGGCGUAUAUGAAGGCCUUCAACCUGUACACGGACCUGCUCAACAACAGGCUCUCAGCUGACGUCCACAUCUUCAACGCGCUGAUCUCUGCGGUUCCUGAGGUCAGAGAAAAGUUCAACGAGAGAUGGGACCUCAUCAGUGAGCUGCUGAACCAGAUGAGAGAGCAGAAGGUUCGUCCCAACCUGCUCACGUUCAACAGCGUCCUCAAAGCUCUGAGACGAUGCGGCUCUUUGGCCAAAAACUACGCCCCUCAGACUCUCAACGAGAUGAAGGCUCUGGGCAUUGCUCCAAGCCUGGCCACCUACGACCACCUCCUGGCCGUCUUCUACAAGUCAGCGUCGUUCGGCCUCAACAACACAGACCUCCUACAGGAUGUGCUGACAGAGCUAGAAGGGAGGAGCUUCACCUGCCAGGACCCUAAUGACGUUUUCUUCUUCUCCAGUGCGAUGAGAACAUGUUUGGACAACAAAGAUCUGGAGCUGGGCUACAAAGUUCACCGUCUGGUAGAGGUUGGAGAGAACUGGAGGCUGUUGGGAACCCCGUACCAACAGAGCUUUUAUUACGGUCGCUUCUUCAACCUGCUGUGUAUGAUGGAGCACGUGGACGUGGUGCUGAAGUGGUACAGACGGAUCGUGCCCUCGUUCUAUUACCCCAACCACCACGGGAUGAGGGACCUGCUGCAGGCUCUGGACACCGACAACCGGCUGGACCUGCUGCCCGCCAUAUGGAAAGAUAUUAAGAGUUUUGGUCACGACUCCAAGGUGGACCUGGUGGAGGAGCUGCUGAGUCUCAUGGCCAGAGAGGAACACAGUCCUGAGGUUCAGGAGUCCUUUGCCGCGUGCGCUCUGGAUGUGAAGAGCGUGUUGGAGGGCAGGUCCAACGUGGAGUGGAGCACCGCCUUGCUGUCUCACAUCACCACCCUGCUGUUACGGGCAAACAAGCUCCAACAGGCCUGGGACAUGCUGCAGCUCUUCAAAGCCAAGCACAGAGUUCCUGCAACGUUACUCUUGGACCACUUCCUGUCUGUGUGCCGGAGCUGCAGCGCGCCUCAGAGAGCAGUGGAGCUGGUCCAGCUGUCCACGGCCUUCUGUCUGCCAGUGACGGCAGGGCUGGCGAAGAGAGCGCUGGCUGAGUUCGAGCUGACCGACGAGCAACGAUCCAUUUUGUCUGAAUUUGAAGCUGCGCCAGAGAAAGAGGACUGAACGAAGCGAACAACGUUUAAAUAUAAAAGCGGUUGUAGCUAAAACCCUACAGUUUAUUGUGAGGAAUAAUUGUGUGUCUGACCUGCUUGUCUGUAAUAAAACGUUGCGACAUA